GCAUAUCAAGUUUACCUCUAUUGGUGUACAAGAUAGUUUACACUUGAUUAAAACUCUAGACUGCUACGCCAUGGAUGUUUCCAACAACCGUCUUUUCCGGUUCUCCAAACCGGAAUGGUUAAACAACAAUAGCGUCCGCAACGCAGGCGUCUACACAUCGGGAGCAUUGUUUUCUCUCGGCUUCUUCUUCUUGGUCGAUGCAGCAGCAUUCUCUCACAGCUCACGAAAUGGGUCAAACGUGCAUGUCAAAUUCGUCGACUGGAUCCCCGGUAUUUGCUCCGCGCUCGGAAUGCUUGUUAUCAACUCAAUCGAGAAGUCACGGCUGCACGCAGAUAGCUGGAGCUACAGUGGAAGUGGUGUCGCGUGGAAAGCGCGGUUUGUACUUUUCCUUGGGUUUGCGCUAUUGGCCGGCGGUCUGGCAGGCAGUGUGACGGUCAUGGUUCUUAAAUACCUCAUUAAACAAUAUCCACUGCAAACGCUAUACUUUGGAAUCGCUAAUAUCGUAGCGAAUGGACUCGUCAUGAUGAGCACGAUUGUUCUCUGGAUUUCACAGAACAUAGAAGAUGAUUACACCUACAACCUUGCGUUGUAGUAACUGAGGGAAUGUGGUGCUUAUUUUGGGAUUAUAUCAUGAUUAGCUGUUUAUCUAUCUUUCCCCGUUUGUUCUCUUGAAUGGCUAGCGUAGUCGCGAUUCAUAUCUCCUCUAGUCUUAUGUUAUGAUUAUGUUUGUGUGGGAUGCCUAUACGGUCAAUUACAUGAUUUCAGUUUCCUUGUA